AUGGCUUUCCUGGGCGACUGUGUAAUUGUGUUCGUCUCGCAGAUGGUGUUCUUUGCCGGUGGUUGGCUGUUUUUUAAUAAGCAGCUCUUUAAGCACUAUGAGAUACGUCACAUAUCCGUGCAGUUGAUCUUCUCGUCAACAUUCGCGCUGUCCGUGACAAUGUUUGAGCUGAUCAUAUUCGAAAUCAUUGGUGUACUGGAGUCAAGUUCACGUUAUUUCCAUUGGCGUCUGGGUCUGACACUGCUAUUAUUCAUGGUGACGGCAUUAAUACCCAUAUACAUUUGCUACUCGGUGUUACACAGCAUUUCCUUCUUUUCCGAUAGAUGGGUACGCAUUUUGACAACUCUAUGCUGGUUUGUCUUUCUGUACGGUCUCUGGCGCAUUGGUGAACCCUUUCCGCUGCUGAGUGCCUCACAUGGAAUCUUCACCAUCGAGCAGGGAGUGUCCCGCAUAAGUGUUAUUGGAGUGACAGCUAUGGCCAUACUCUCUGGCUUUGGUGCCGUCAACUAUCCCUACACCAGCAUGACCUAUUUUAUCAAGCCUGUUUCGCGUAAUGACAUCAUCUGCUUUGAGCGUCGUCUGGCGCUGACUGUGGACAUGUUAACAGCAAAAAAACGUCGCAUUUCCAUGGCCGUCUAUAAUCACAAUAAACAGCAUCCCACGAAGCCAAGAAUUUGGGAAAUGCUGACCUCGGCUGUACAACGCACAACUAGCAAUGGAGAGGACAUCAAUCAACUCAAGCUGGAGGUUUAUGGCCUAGAAGAGCUGCAACGCUCGGUGUUCCUUGAACUUAGCUCCCUAAAAAAUAUGGAGGAGCGACAACGCUGGUCGCAAACGCUGCAGGGCAAAUACUUUAAUGUUCUUGGGCAUUUCUUUAGUGUUUAUUGCGUGUAUAAGAUAUUUAUGUGUUGCAUUAACAUAAUAUUUGAUCGGGUUGGCCGCAAGGAUCCAGUGACGCGUGGGCUAGAAAUUGCAGUACACUGGUGUGGGUUUGAUAUAGAUUUGGCCUUUUGGAAUCAGCAUAUUUCCUUCUUGCUGGUCGGCUGCAUUGUGGUCACUUCUAUACGUGGUCUGCUGUUGACCCUCACAAAGUUCUUCUAUCGGAUAUCAUCUAGCAAGUCGAGCAACAUAAUUGUCCUGAUAUUGGGACAAAUUAUGGGCAUGUAUUUCUGCUCAUCGGUGCUUCUGAUGCGCAUGAAUAUGCCAGCCGAGUAUCGAGUAAUCAUCACGGAAGUGCUUGGUAAUUUGCAUUUCAACUUCUAUCAUCGUUGGUUCGAUGUCAUAUUCCUGGUUAGCGCCCUUACUACCAUUAUAGUAUUGUAUUUGUCUCGCAAGCCAGUUCGUGUAGAUGAUACCGAUUUACACUAAUUUGAGAAUGAGAGAGAUCAUGACAGGGUACGAUAAGCUAGACACUAUUGAUUUAGAAUCAAUUAAAUAGCAUAAUAAAAUUCAAGCUUUAAGUUAUAAAGUUAAAUAUUAUAUAUUAACGCAAGUGUGUUUCUGAAUAAGUAUCUUAUGUUUUACAUAGCACAAAAAUGAAUGGUAUGAUUACUUAAGUAAAUCGUAGUAACAAAUUGUUCAUCAA